CCCCCCUAUCAAGCUGUGCGCAAUAGAGAACGGUCAUAAUUGUAUAAGCGGAGUAUGUAGGAACAAAUGCAUAAGUGACCUAGGCAUUUCAUUCAAGCAGGCUCCAUGAAUAACUUGAAUGACCCCCCUAGAUGGAACAUCGAACCAGACCAGAGAGGGAGGGAGGGAGGAGAUGGCAACCAUUGGAACUACGCCCUGCUGGUCCCCAUGCUGGGACUGGCAGCAUUUCGAUGGAUAUGGACGAGAGACUCCCAGAAUGAGAUCCAGAAGGUUAAAGUCCAGUACGACACAGACGUGUCCACGAUAAAAAGCGAGAUGGAGUCUCGCUACCGGGACACGCUGACGGAGAGCCGCAGGGCUGUGGCCACGCUUGAGCUGGAACUGGAGAAGGAGAAGCAGAGGGUGAAAGGAUACCAGCAGGCUCUGGUCUCACACAGCCAGCGUCUGAUCCAGGAGCGGAAACAGCUGGAGCAGGAGCGAGAGGCACUGAAUGACGAGAAGCGAAAGUCAGUCAAAUCCGGGAUCGCUGGCGCUGCGCUGCGUGACGCCCUGGAAAGAGAGGCCAGCUGGUACCAGCGGGCCGCGGCCACUCUGAGGGACCUGGAGGGUCUCCUGGUGGAGCGUCAGAACGCCUACUGCUCUCUCAUCCAGCCCCGCGACCACCGGCUGGAGAUGGAGAAGAACAUGCUGCUCAAGGUCGUCAAGGAUCCCGUCGCUGCAGAGCUAGGUCUGGAGUCUGACUUGAAGGACAUUUUUAAGAGAGACAAGCACUGUGCAGAUCUGAUGAACAUGGACAAGAGGAAGAAUGGCAGCCUCAUGUGGGUUUACCUGAAGUACUGGCAGCUGCAGAUCACUUUGCAGAGACACAGAAGAGCCGAGGAAGCCGUAUUCGAAGGGAGAACCCAGAGUCCCGAAAAAUAACCUGGAUAAGCUUUUUUUUUAUUAUUUGGCUUUGAAGGAUGUUAGGUGAAUGUGGAGCAGGAGCCAUCUGAUAGGGAUGUUAUGCAAAUAUCUUAUUCGGACGUUGUUUUUCUAAUCUGCUUUUGUCCCAGUCAUGACCUCAUGAGUUUAGGGAACUUUAUAAAAAUAAAGGUCUAAUUUCUGAAGCCUGAAUUAAGACUUGGUAGCUUUAAUUUAACUUUGUGGUAAGUUAAAAUGCACUUUGAUACAUCAGGUGAUGUCUGACGGCACUUUAAAUGGAAAAAGUUCCUUUUUUCUCUGAGGUAAAGUAAGAAAGAAAAAUACAUUCUUAAAAUGUACACAUUAAGUUGACCUCUUUUUUUUUUACUCUGUUCUCUUUAAGAGAAGUUCAAGUUGCACAUGAAUCUGCUAAUGUAGUGAAGUGUGUUUGUGAACAUUGCAAACAUGUUUAGAAUUUGGAGUAUCGAAGUAAAUCUUAUCUAAAUUUUAAUCCAUUGAUUAAAUAGUAAUUUCCUGCAUAUUUCAAGGCUUUUUAAGUUGGUUGUGUGUUUUCAAGUCACUGGUCAGUGAACCUUUGUGGGAGGUAACAGUGGGACCUAGUAUCAUAUUAUCAACUGUUGCUGGGAUUUCUUCAGGUUUUAUAUCAUUUUACAGUGAUUUUUUUUUCCUCUCAUCAAAACACAGAUCCUUGUCAUAUUAAAGGUUUGAAAUGUUUGGCUUCAGAAAUACCUGGGAGACAGCACUUUAUUUAAGUCGCAUGUGUAACAAACAAAAUAAAUCUGUACUCCAGUAAAAACACAAGAAUGCUCAGACGGUUUUGCACUGUAAUGCACAUGUAAAACGAAUCCGUUCACACGUGUCGCCUUCUUUAUGGGGAAACCAGGCUGUUAUGUUGUUAUUUUUCCUAAACUCUGGAUUUCAUGUCAUGAGUACACAUGUAUUGACAUUAACCACCAUAUGAGAUCGUUUGAAUAUAUUUUUUCCAGAGCUCA